CUCCUCUCUCUCCGCCCACGGCCCCGCCUGCCUUCCCGCGUGGGGCUGCCUGCCACUGCCAGCCUUCUCUCGGGAGCCCGAGCCUCCCACACGCGGCACGAUGUCGCCCACGAUCCCCGGAAGGACGGAGCGGAGGAGCAGCCCCCCGGAGAACGCUACUAAGAAAACCCUGAAAGAUGAAAUUGAAUCCAUUUUGCGACAGCGCAUUAUGGUUUUGGAUGGAGGCAUGGGGACCAUGAUCCAGCAACAUACCUUGACAGAAGAAGAUUUCCAGGGACAAGAAUUUAAGGAUCAUUUGAAACCACUAAAAGGAAACAAUGAUCUGUUGAGUGUUACACAACCUGAUAUAAUCUACAAAAUUCACAAGGAAUACUUGAUGUUUGGUGCUGAUAUCAUUGAGACCAACACCUUUAGCAGCACUAGAAUAGCACAAGCUGACUAUGGCCUUGAACACAUGGCUUAUCGGUUGAAUAAAAUGUCAGCACAAGUAGCUAGAAGAGCAGCAGAUGAUGUUACUGCUGAAACAGGACAUAAAAAAUACGUUGCUGGGGCAAUGGGACCCACAAACAAGACCCUUUCUGUUUCUCCUUCAGUGGAAAAGCCAGAUUAUAGGAAUGUUACUUUUGAUGAGUUGGUCGAAGCAUACACAGAACAAGCCAAAGGACUUCUAGAUGGCGGAGUAGAUAUCAUGUUAGUGGAAACCAUAUUUGAUACGGCCAAUGCCAAGGCUGCUCUCUUUGCUCUCCAGAAUUUGUUUGAAGAAGAGUAUGAGCCCAGACCGUUAUUUGUGUCUGGAACCAUUGUCGAUAAAAGUGGGCGUACUCUCUCUGGUCAGACUGGGGAAGCAUUUGUCAUCAGUACAUCUCACAGUGAACCUCUCUGCAUUGGAUUAAAUUGUGCUUUGGGAGCACUGGAAAUGAGACCUUUCAUUGAAACUAUUGGGAAGUGUACAACUGCCUACAUCAUUUGCUAUCCCAAUGCAGGUCUUCCAAACACUUUUGGUGGUUAUGAUGAAACACCUGAAGUGACUGCCAAACACCUUAAGACUUUUGCAUUAGAUGGCUUGGUGAAUAUAGUUGGUGGCUGCUGUGGGACCACUCCAGCACAUAUCCGGGAGAUUGCUGAAGCAGUAAAGGGAUGCAAGCCUCGCAUACCUAACUCCGCUUUCUCAGAAGGCUACAUGUUGCUGUCAGGUCUAGAACCAUUCAGGAUUGGGCAGUACACCAAUUUUGUCAACAUUGGGGAACGCUGCAAUGUUGCGGGGUCAAGAAGGUUUGCUAAGCUCAUCAUGGCAAACAAAUAUGAAGAAGCACUGAGUGUAGCCAAGGCCCAAGUGGAGAUGGGAGCUCAAAUCUUGGAUAUCAAUAUGGACGAUGGCAUGUUAGAUGGGCCAAGUGCCAUGGCUAGAUUCUGCAACUACAUUGCUUCGGAACCUGAUAUUGCUAAGGUGCCACUUUGCAUUGACUCAUCCAAUUUCACUGUGAUAGAGGCCGGGUUGAAGUGUUGUCAAGGCAAAUGCAUAGUGAACAGCAUCAGUCUGAAAGAGGGCGAAGAGGAUUUCUUUGCAAAAGCCAGAAAAAUAAGGAAAUAUGGAGCAGCUGUGGUGGUUAUGGCCUUUGAUGAAGUGGGUCAGGCUACAGAAACGAAAGAGAAAAUUUCAAUCUGCACCAGAGCCUACCGUCUCCUGGUGAACAAAGUGGGCUUCAAUCCAAAUGAUAUCAUUUUUGACCCAAACAUUCUGACCAUAGGUACUGGAAUGGAAGAACAUAAUUUAUAUGCAAUUAAUUUUAUCAAUGCAACUAAAACCAUAAAAGAAACUCUUCCAGGAGUGAAAAUAAGUGGUGGCCUUUCCAAUCUAUCCUUUUCCUUCCGGGGCAUGGAUGCUAUUCGAGAAGCGAUGCAUGGAGUUUUUCUUUACCAUGCAAUUAAGUGUGGAAUGGACAUGGGCAUUGUCAAUGCUGGGAAUCUGCCAGUGUACGAUGAUAUCCAUAAGGAGCUUUUGCAGCUUUGUGAAGAUUUGAUAUGGAGUAAAGAUUCAGAUGCAACAGAAAAGCUUUUGCAUUAUGCUCAGACACAUGCUCAAGGAGGAAAGAAAGUGGUACAGACUGAUGAAUGGAGAAAUAGUUCUGUAGAAGAAAGACUGGAGUAUGCUCUCGUCAAGGGCAUUGAAAAAUAUGUGGUUGAGGACACAGAGGAAGCUAGACUGAAUAAAGAAAAAUACUCCAGACCACUGCAUAUAAUUGAGGGACCUCUGAUGAAUGGCAUGAAAACUGUUGGUGAUCUUUUUGGAGCUGGAAAGAUGUUUCUUCCCCAGGUGAUUAAAUCUGCGCGAGUUAUGAAAAAAGCAGUUGGGCAUCUCAUUCCCUUCAUGGAGCAGGAGCGAGAGGAAAUGCGUGCCAUGUCCAAUAGCACAGAGGAAGAGGACCCUUACCAUGGCACAAUUGUGUUAGCUACUGUGAAAGGUGAUGUCCAUGAUAUUGGCAAGAACAUUGUGGGAGUUGUCCUGGGAUGCAAUAAUUUCAGGGUUAUUGAUUUGGGAGUCAUGACGCCAUGUGACAAGAUACUGAGAUCUGCUCUUGAAAACAAAGCUGAUAUCAUUGGGCUGUCAGGCCUCAUCACUCCCUCUUUGGAUGAGAUGAUUUUUGUUGCCAAGGAAAUGGAGAGAUUAGAAAUAAAGAUUCCUUUGCUUAUUGGAGGAGCAACUACGUCCAAAACACACACAGCUGUGAAAAUUGCUCCUCGAUACAGUGCUCCUGUCAUUCAUGUCCUGGAUGCAUCAAAGAGUGUGGUGGUUUGCUCUCAACUUUUGGAUGAAAAUGUAAAGGAUGACUUCUUUGAAGAAAUACAAGAAGAGUAUGAAGACAUUAGGCAGGAUCACUAUGACUCUCUCAAAGAAAGAAAAUAUUUAUCAUUACAGCAAGCAAGGAACAAGGGCUUCUCCUUUGACUGGCUAAAUGACUGCAGACCAGUUAAACCACAGUUCCUCAGCACCAGAGUCUUUGAAGAUUAUGACUUGCAGAAGCUAGUGAAAUACAUUGACUGGAAGCCCUUUUUUGAUGUCUGGCAGCUUAGAGGCAGAUACCCCAACAGGGGAUUUCCUAAAAUCUUCAAUGAUAAAACUGUGGGGGACGAGGCAAAAAAAGUCUACAAUGAAGCUCAGAACUUGCUGAGAAUUUUGAUUGCAGAAAAAAAACUGACAGCCAAAGGUCUAGUUGGAUUUUGGCCAGCACGGAGUGUCCAGGAUGAUAUUUAUUUAUAUGACACUGACGAUGAUGUGGAAUCUUCAGAGCCAGUAGCUAAAUUCUAUGGCUUAAGGCAACAGGCUGAGAAAGAUUCUUCUUCCACAGAUCCCUAUUAUUGUUUGUCUGACUUUAUAAGCCCUCUGAAAUAUGGCAUUCCUGAUUAUUUGGGCCUGUUUGCUGUCGCAUGCUUUGGAGUAGAUGAAUUGUGCAAGGAGUAUGAGAAACAGUGUGAUGACUACAACAUCAUAAUGAUAAAAGCAUUGGCAGAUCGCUUAGCAGAGGCAUUUGCAGAAGAACUGCAUGAAAGAGUUCGCAAAGAAUUCUGGGCUUAUUCUGAAAAUGAACAGCUGGAGUUUUCAGACCUGCGGAGGAUUAGAUAUAAUGGCAUUCGACCAGCACCUGGCUAUCCAUGUCAACCUGACCACACUGAAAAAAUCACUAUGUGGAAGUUUGCAGACAUUGAGGAAGCAACUGGUAUUCAGCUAACGGAAUCCCUUGCAAUGUUACCUGCUUCAGCAGUAUCUGGCCUUUACUUUUCCAAUCCUGGUUCCCAAUACUUUGCUGUUGGCAAAAUAUUAAAAGACCAGGUUGAAGAUUAUGCCUUAAGGAAAAAUAUGUCUGUAGCAGAGAUUGAAAAGUGGCUGGCACCGAUUCUAGGAUAUGAUCCUGAAUAACGAUACAUGAGGGUGGGAGUGGGGUAGGUUGGCCUUUUGGGUGACAUCCAAUUGGCAAUCUCCAUUAAUGACACUUGCCAGUAAAAUGAGGGGAGAUAGGAGAUUUUGGCAAUUUCCUCUCUUCACUGCACCCCCUCUCACACUUUUCAAAAGGGUCCCCAAACUUUCUGUUACUUGUUAACCUCCACCUUUCAGCAAUAGACAUUUUUUGCCAGUGAAGGAGUUCCAAUGGGAUUCUAAACCAAAUCUUGGUGGGUAAAAAAGGUUUAAGAAAUUUGCUUUCCAAGAAACAACCAACUUGUAGCAGCCAUGUAAAAUGGCUACUUCCAGACGUCAUCCCCUAUAGUGAACCACAUUCUCCACCCACAACAAACUUUUGAGAAAAGUUUUGUAAUGGAGCAAACCUGUGGAAGUAACUAUACUGGCAAAAGGAUGAUAACUUUUUUAUGUGCACAUAAUAUUCACACUCGGUACGGUAAACAAAAGUGUCCUUUUAUUUGCAACUGAAAAGAUUUCCUAGUUGGUUUGUGGAACUUAAUUUAAUUAAAUGAAUAUAUAUAUAUAAAAUACAACUCUUAACACAGUAGUGUUAUAUUUAAAUGUGCCCUUAAAUGGAACAUUCAUGAAACACAAUGCACAUAAUGCAUAAUCAUCUCCUUCCAGGUGUAUUGCUACUGGCUUGAAAGCAGUAUUUGUAUUUGUUGUUUUUAAUAAUUAAAUUGAGAAAAAUGUUUGCACAGAUAUAUUUUAUGGAAUGAAAAUAUAUGUAUUGUGUGAAAGUUCAGAACAUUGAACUUUAAUUUGACUCCAUACAUGUAAUGGCAAAUAUGCUCUCAAUCCGACAAAUAUAACCACUUGGCACAUAAGUAAGUGCCUUUAUGCAAAAUUGCAGAUAUCAUUCUCAUUGUCAGUCUUCAUUUUCAUAACCAAACAUCUGAUUCCUUACCUACCUCAAGUAUUGUAUAGGUCAGGAAAAUGUUUUUGCAAAGUUCACAAUCUUUACUUAUAAUUAUAGUUACAGAUGGAUGAAUUUUAUGUUGUCAUCCAUAUUGUGGUGUAAUAUUCCAAUCUGCCACAGUAUUAGUUUAUAUAUGUUUUGAUACUUUUGAAACCCGAGAAGCAUACUAGUUUAUGUAAUGAGAUCAUUCCCUUUAAACCUCUGCUGAAUUUUCCUUACUUCCUUGCUUUUUGGAUGGAGAAAGAAAUAAUUGUAUUUCUCCUUCUAUAGUCUGUAUCUGCCCUAGUAUUAUUAAUUUGGGGGAUUGGAUUAAUGGCACUUAAACUUCCACAACAGGAUUUCAUAAAUUGUGUUUUCCAGCUUACCGUUUAAGGAUAGUCUUUCUAUUUUUCUCUGAGAAAUAUAUAAUUUGUAAAUGGGGUUUGAUGGGUUCUGCACAGAGCCUCAAUAAAAGCAAAGUUAAAUAAGCAUAGAUUUAUUUCAAAGCAAUCCAAUAUCAUUACAUUUGGACAGGUUCUAGUUCUGGGACCCAUCAGUGAUGCUGUAGAAAACAAAGCUAAAAAUGCUUCCUAAAAAUGUAAACAAGUCAUUUCUAGAACUGGCAAAAUGUGAUAAACAAUUUCUACAUCUUUCCUGAUAAGUAGACACACAGACUGCCUGCCCAUUGGCUUGUGGUAGAUGUCUGAAUAUAGGAUGUUCCUCGGCACUUGGGAGAAGCUUGUGUAUGGUUUCUUUUCCCUAGAGAAUUGCCCCAUUCCGAAUUUAGAAAUAUACUCUCUCCCCCUUCCCCCAGAACCUGAUCCCUUUUUUGAGUCAAGAGAUGGCAGUGAAGGCAUAGAAAGGAGUUCGCCCAUCAUAUUCACAUAUUCCACAGCCAUGGAGUAAACUAUUUACAACUUGAAAAUAUUUGACAAAAUAUUCCAAAAGAUAAACAUUGAUUUUGCCAUUUUGUGUAAGGAACACCAUUUUACUUAACUAUGAUAUAUAAUGAGAAUUGAGUUAUCCACAAAGGGUUCUGGGACCAAACCCAGAGAAUACCAUGAGCCCACUGCAUUAGCUUUUAAUGUUAUCCAGGGCAUUCCUGUAAAUAAGCAGGGAUUCAGAAGUCAAUAAGUUUACAUUGUGACAUUCUAAUAAGAUUUCACAGGUCACUGUUCAAAUUUGAUAUCCAGAUAAAUUACAAGACUGUGAAAGAAAAGAACUUGCACAGGGAAGAAACAGCAUCUCUCGAAGUGAAAGCUCCCUUUUGGCUGGGUUUCAAAAAGGCAACAUGUCAGCAGUUGCAUGUAGAACAGUGAAUGGAAAAUCAGCAGAUUGCUUCCCAGAAGUCACAUUUUCUGUUUCCGAGUUAACCUGUAGGCUAGGCCAACAAAGCUACCUUUUUCCGCAGUUCAGUUAAUAAAAAUAGUAACUUUUCAAACUUUCCUAAAAAUAAUGUUUUGCUGUAUAAGUAGUAUGAAAAUCUUUAAUAAAAAUUAUUUAAAAAUUAGUAACCUUGAUUUUUAAACCAUUCAAAUAGACAAAAGAAAAACAUGCUCAGAGCAUAAAAGACCUCACAGAAAAUGAGGAAAUUAUUAUUUCAAUAAACACAGCUUGUAAAUGCAUUUCUGAUUCAUUUGUACUUUAUGCAGUAACAUAUCUUUCAGCCUUUCAAAAUAACUUCUAUUGUUGUAAAUGUACAUUGUGGUUGAGUUUUAAAAGCUUAUAUUUAACAUGUA